UUUAUCCUUAUAUUCUCUUAAUUAAAUUAAAUAUUCUAUUAAAGUUUAUAGAAUCAUGUUGGUUUUCUGAUAUCGCUAACAAUACACAGCACGCUACCCCAACAGCCAUGGCUAUUCGCUUCAACCCCAUCACUCUAUCUACCACUCUACCUAAGUUAGAGUUAAGAGGUGGAAAUUCAUGGAGCCCGAGCCUCUGCGUUAGCUCGCAGAUGGUGCCACAAAUGCGAAAGGAGCGUCGUGGACGGCGAGUUUGGAGGCGAAGAAAAUUGAUAAAAAAGGAUGAAUAUUUGGACCAAAAAAUGGAACGUGUGCCUUUUCUCGAGGAGCAGGUGAGGAUGAUAAGGGACCAGGGAAAGCUCUUGACAAUGGACAUAGAGAGGUUAUUGUUAUCAGAAGAUAAUCGAUUUGAUUUUGUGAAUGAGAUAGCAGAGGAGGCCGAGGCUUAUGUUGAAAGCAACAGGGAAGAGUAUGGAUUAGAGAAGAAGGCCAUUCUUCAUGUUUUGAGCAACCGAAUGAAUGAUUCUGGAAUUUACCGACCAGAGGCAUAUGCUGAGUCUGAUCCCUUCAAGCCCGGGCCUCAUUAUUUGAAAGAAGAAUUUACAUGAGUCCAGAUAAAAUGUUAUGAUGAGAUCUUAAACUAUGGAUAAGAAUUUACACAUUGCUUCACUUUAGAAUAAUUGAUCUCCGUCUCUAAAUUGCUGCUAUUGUUUGUAUGUAUGCAAAUUAAAGCUAUCUUCAAUACUCAUUGCGAAGAAAUUGAAAAUGGAUUUUG